AUGUCCUCCGAAGCCACGCCCAAGGUCAUCAUCUUCGGCCCAACUGGCAAUGUUGGAUCCGCGACUGUUCGGGCGGCCCAUUCGCAAGGAGCAAAAGUGUUCCUUGCAAUGCGGGAUCUGGAAAAGGCGAUCCCAGGCUACACCCCAGAACAAGAGCGCGAGGCAGGCUUUGAGAGAGUCUAUGCUGAUCUCACCAAGCCCGAAACGAUCGAGGCCGCCGUUGCCAAAACCGGGGCCAAACACGCCUUCAUCUACGUAUUCAGGACAGCUGAUCACAUGAAGUCCUCCCUUGUUGCGCUCAAGUCUGCAGGGAUCGAAUUCGUCGUCUUCUUGAGCAGUUAUACCGUCCCGACCAUCCUGAGCAACGAGACCAUUUCACCAAGCAACUUCAUCGCCUGGGGACAUGGCCAAGUCGAGCUUAACCUGGACCAAGUCUUUGGAACAGACGGGUACGUGGCUGUGCGACCUGGGUCUUUCGCUACCAACGCCCUGCGAUGGAAGAAGAUGGUUUCGGAAGGCGAGAUCAAAAUCGCAUAUCCCGAGGCGCUGUUCGACUGGAUCACGCCGGGAGACAUGGGAAGGGUGUGUGGAGCAGUUGUCGCCAAAGGACCUCAUGCUGUUGACAGCGCCGCUGGGAGAAAAGUCAUUCGACUUUGCGGCCCGAAGAUCAUGUCGCAGGCUGCAGCAGCAGACACCAUUGGCAGGGUCCUCGGGAAGGAGCUCAAAGUCACACGGCUUGACGAGGAAGAAGGUGUCGAGUUCUUCGUGAAAGCCGCCCAUGUGCCGGAGACGGCAGCGCGACAGCUGAUCGCGCUGCUCAAACAGAGAGUAGAAGACGGGAAUAACGGUGAAGAGUUGUAUGAAAGUUACGAGGAGGCAGUUGCCAACAUCACCAAGUAUGGGGGACGACAGCCGACCAAGUUUGACGAGUGGGUAGAGGAAAACAAGGCCAUUUUCGUCGACUGA